GUGCUUGAUUGAUUCUAUCCCUGUUCCCACUCUCCCUACCCUGCCCGUAAUCUGUGACCACCGGGAUUUCUCAAGUACCACAUCAGCUAGAGCUGAUGUCGACGGAACAGGACACCGGGGCACUGCCACGACGCAGUGCCAGGCUUGCAGUUCGUACCCGUCCUGUGGUACCUCCACGAACCAAGUAUCAGCAACAGCGGCUCAGCAAGCGGACGACUCCAGCGGCAUCGAGUACAGCACUGACAGUACCGGUUACCACCGGAGUUCUUCCCGCAUGUCCGGUCCAAGGGGCCCUUGAACCGUUGGCUGACUACCUUGGGCGGCUACAGGUAUUCGCGGAUGCCGUAGCUACCGCCAAGGCUCAGCAGGAGGCAGCAGAGACAGAACAUCAGCUGCUGGCCAAUGAGGCGGCAGCCCAAGCUCAGCAGACUGCUGAGGCUGACGCAGCGGCACGAGACAGGCGGAAUGCCGCCAGCACGGAGUCCCUGAUUCAAAAUGAGAAUCAGUGGGCAACGGUACUCCAAGGCAUGAUCUUUGUGCCUACGGACGAGCAGGCGGAUCCGACACAGGCGGAGGCAGAGAGAAGUAACCUGGCUACCCUGAUGUUGAGCGUGAUGAGGGGAGUAAUGUGGAACAACAAACUGCUGCAGGCACAACUGCGCACGGAACGACAGCAAAGACAAAAGCACCAGCAAGACAUGGCCGCUUUAACCGAUGCCGUCCGUGCCGCAGCAACACAGCAGCAGCAACAGCAACAGCUGUUGAACUCCACUCUCACGCGCAUCAACAACAUUGAGGCUAAGACCUCGGCAGCGCCAGGCUGCACGACAGACGCGACGAAGCAGCUCAACGAGCGCAUCGAUCACAUCGUCACUAUAAUUGGCGAACUAGGUGAUUUCACUAGUCCAGCCACGAUCAGCAGCACGGUGGCCGCCAUCAAGACGAGCAUCACCAAACUGCAGACAAGACCGGACGCCGCUACAAAGAAUUACAAGAUGCCGCACUUCGACAUCAGCAAGUUCGACGACUACAACAAGACGGACGCCUUGACAUGGUGGCAARGUUUCCUCACGRAAGCAUCAUGCCGCACUGUCCCGGCUGACGACAUGAUGAAGGCGCUCUACUUACAACUGAUUGGAGGAGCGCAGGCAUGGAUGAACCAUCUGGCGGCUACCAAGAAAUGCACCAUCGCCGAACUCCACACGCACAUCACGUGGAAAGAGUUCGAGAAGCUAUGGUUCACUCGGUUCAUGGUCCGCAACGUCGUGAAGGCGGCCAUGAACGAAGUGUACACCUGCUCUCAAGGGAGUAUGCCAACUCGAGACUGGACAACCAAGUGGCAAAAGAUAGUGACCACGCCAGGCUUCGAUUGAGUUUUCCUAACCAACGAUCCGAGUUCUUCUCGCGAUCAUGCGCAGGACUGUGAACCGCACUCGGCAACGAGUACGAUUACGC